GCCGUAUAUAUAUGAACGAAAUCCAAAGCAGAAAUUAAAAACAUGGACAUUAGUAGAAUCAAAGGCAUGAAGCAGCUAGCGCCGCUCUGAGGGACGAGCGAAGAGAAUCCAGCGACGAAGAAGCUAAUAAAGCGAGCGGCGUGUCAACCAUCAAAACCGGCCAGAUUUGUGGUUGGUUGUUGCGACGAAGAAGACGAACCAGCGAUGGCGAGCGGCGGUUUAGCUGGUACGGUGGUGCCGAUCUUUUUUUCACAUUUAAUUUAUAGACACGCGUGAUAGACACCGCGGGUCGACCAACAUAACAGAUCUGAUAGUUACUUGUUGCAAGUUGCAACGAAGAAGAUGAACCAGUGAACUAUUUAGCUAGCGGUGCUGCAGAUCUUCAUUUCCCAUUUGUGGGCAGCUUGAAGAAGAAGUACGAACGAUUUUUUUUUACCGUGAAUAUGAAGCAUCAAUAUGAAGGAUAUUUUCCAGUUAAAGAAUAAUCAUCAUCAUCGUCUCUCCCCCAUCAGGCCACCUUACCUUUCGAUCACCCGCAUCUGGUUUGCCGUUCUUUGAGUUUUAAGUGGCGUGGCUCCGUCGCGAUGGGGAGGACCCCGCCGGACUCCUUGCCGGGGUCCGAACUUGAAAUUAAUGUCCAGCCCCGUCGCCAUCACCACCACAACCACCCACCUCCCCUUCCAUCGCCGCCGAGGCCUUACCGGCCGUUUAAGAAAUGGUUUCCGUGGCUCGUCCCUCUCAUUAUCCUUGUCAAUAUUGGUCUCUUUGCAUAUGUAAUGUACGUCAAUGACUGCCCCGUAAAUUCUGAGAAAUGCUUCGGAUCGGAUUUCCUUGGCCGGUUUGCGUUCCAAAGCCUCCAUGAAAAUCCCCUGCUUGGGCCAUCUGCUGAUACGCUGCGAAAACUGGGCGCUUUAGAAAUGGAGAAGGUGGUGAAAGAUCAUCAAGUAUGGAGGUUGUUUUCUUGUAUGUGGUUACAUGCUGGUGUGUUCCAUGUUGCUGCCAACAUGGUUAGCCUUCUAUGCGUUGGCAUCAGACUUGAACAAGAAUUUGGGUUUGUGAAGAUUGGCUUGCUUUAUAUUCUCUCUGGAAUGGGAGGAAGCUUAGCAUCUGCCCUAUUUGUGAGGAUGACGAUCUCGGUUGGUGCCUCAGGAGCUCUAUUUGGUUUGCUUGGAGCAAUGUUGUCUGAAUUGCUCACAAAUUGGACCAUAUAUGAAAAUAAGUUGGCAACACUAUUGACUCUCAUUCUCAUCAUUCUGAUAAAUCUAGCUGUUGGAGUUCUCCCCCAUGUAGAUAACUUUGCUCAUCUCGGGGGAUUUUUGACUGGUUUUUUACUCGGAUUUAUCCUUCUCAUUCGCCCUCAGUUUGGAUAUGUUAAGCAAAGAAAUGCUCCCCCUGGUUACUUUUUGCCAUCAAGAAAAGCCAAGCACAAGGUUUAUCAGUGUUUUCUCCUCAUAUUUGCAUUGCUAAUCCUCAUACUAGGGUUGACGGUUGGUAUGGUAAUGCUACUCCAAGGCGUGGAUGGUAAUGACCAUUGUUCUUGGUGUCAUUAUUUGAGUUGUUUUCCAACCCCUAUAUGGACUUGUGAUGCACGUUGCUCGUCAAACCAAAUCGGAGACCAGUUGAACUUGACAUGCAUGCUGGACAACAAAAGCAGUAAUUAUUAUUUGUCAAGCGCCAACAACACUGCAUCAGACAUUCAAAAAUUGUGCACACAACUUUGCAGCUGAUAUGAGGAUGUGUAUAUAUGUAAUAUGUAUAUAUAUAUUCAUUCAUGUGAAUAUACACCACCUUAAUUAAUAUAGCAAUUGAAAUAUAUAACUGUACAUAUAACUAACAAGAAAGAUAGAUAAGACGUUAAAUGUGUAUAUAAUUGAUUUUUAUGUAGCGUGCAAUGCAUGGUGUGACUAGUAA